UCAUUUUUCAUUUAUCUGAUUUCAUCAAAUAAAACUCAGAACUCGGCUGCAGUGGAACACUGCUAAUCUAAGGAAUCAGAUGCUAUGGAGAAAGAAUAUUACUGCAACAUAUUUGUCAAGCAGAUUAAAUUACAGCAUUAAGAAUCCUGUGGCAUAGGAAACUUACCAUAAUACAAACACAAACAUACAAUAAUCAAUUUAAUGCACAGAACUUGUACAAAAAAGCAGGUUUCUCCAUUUUACAAUAAAAACCCACCUAGAAUUAUCCCUUCUCUUUGCCUUAACUUACACUUCCAGUAGAAAAUGUGAUCACCAUGAAUUUUCUAAAGUCUGUUUUCCAAUGACAAUUUUCUUAUCAAACUGCUGAUCUCUUAGCUUAAUCAUUACACUUUUGUUUUAGUUUAUUUAAUUUCUGUGUCAUUUGCAAUUGGGUUAGUACAGUUUCUGCAGUGGCAGCUCUAUCAACAAACUUUAGCUCCUUGUUUUCAAUUACAUUUCCCUUUAUUACCAGUCCAAAUCGAUGGCUGUUUCUUCUUUGUCCUCCCCUCUGUGCACGUGGUUUCUUGCAGCUUGCAUGUCCAUUGCUUGCGAGAAAGAUCAUCUUCUAGAGUCCUCUAUAUUUCAGUAUCCAAAGAGGCUGACGCAGAAGUCCAGACACAAGAAGCUCAUAGGUUCAGUCCACUGUUCACAGAACUUACUUUCAUCUUUCCAAGUAUCUGGCAUGCAGAGCUUGAUGAGUUCCUGCCUGUCCUUGGAGCCAUUUGAGGUGUUGUACAAUUCAAAUAGGUCAUCUUCAUCCUUGAACAGUAUUUUCUCACUCUUUGGAUCAAAAUCAUCAAAUAGAAGACAAAUGCAGAAGAGAAGUGCAGUCCACUCUGGGGGUGUGGCUGUGGCCGUGCAACCUGAAAAGGAAAUUAUAUUGAAGAAGAAACCUCUGACAAAGAAUCGGCGGGUGGUUGUGACGGGGAUGGGCGUGGUAACCUCAAUAGGUCAAGAUGCAGAUACAUUCUAUAAUAAUCUUCUUGAUGGUGUCAGUGGAAUAAGUGAGAUUGAGGCUUUUGACUGCUCUCAGUUUCCCACUAAAAUUGCAGGUGAAAUCAAAUCUUUCUCAGCAGAUGGAUGCGUCUCACCCAAGCUUUUUAAAAGGGCAGAUAAAUCUGUGCUUUACUUGCUCACUGCAGGCAAGAAAGCCUUGGCAGAUGCUGGAAUUACAGAACAAGUAAUGGAUGUUUUGGAUAAAACUAGAUGUGGGGUUAUUAUUGGCUCUGCAUUGGGAGGCAUGAAAAUUUUUAAUGAUGCAAUAGAAGCAUUGAGGGUUUCAUAUAAAAAGAUGAAUCCAUUUUGUGUACCAUUUGCAACAACUAAUGUGGGUUCAGCUAUACUAGCAAUGGAUUUGGGAUGGAUGGGCCCUAACUACUCAAUCUCUUCUGCUUGUGCAACUAGCAACUUUUGCAUACUUAAUUCAGCAAACCACAUCAUCAGAGGGGAAACAGACUUGAUGCUUUGUGGUGGUUCUGAUGCAGCCAUUAUUCCAAUAGGCUUGGGAGGUUUUGUGGCUUGCAGAACUCUAUCACAAAGGAAUGAUGAUCCAACCAAAGCAUCACGCCCCUGGGAUACCGAUCGCGAUGGGUUUGUUCUUGGAGAAGGAGCUGGUGUUUUGCUCUUAGAAGAGCUAGAACAUGCUAAGAGAAGAGGAGCAAAGAUUUACUCAGAAUUCCUAGGUGGAAGCUUCACUUGUGAUGCUUAUCACAUGACUGACCCUCAUCCUGAUGGAAUGGGAAUAGCUCUUUGCAUAGAGCAAGCCUUAGUUCAAUCUGGUGUUUCCAAAGAAAAUGUAAACUAUAUAAAUGCACACGCCACAUCCACCCUAAGAGGUGAUCUUACAGAAUUCCAAGCUAUAGUUCGAUGUUUUGGCCAAAACCCUGAGGUAAAAGGAAAUAUACUCAAAUCUAGCAUCUAUCUUCAGUCUUCAGAAUCCUUAGUUCUGAAACCAUUUUUGCAGCUAAGAGUGAACUCUACAAAAUCCAUGAUUGGCCACCUACUGGGAGCUUCAGGCGCUGUGGAAGCUGUAGCAACAAUUAAGGCAAUACAAACAGGAUGGGUCCACCCUAACAUCAAUCUUGAAAAUCCUGACGAAGCAGUGGUAUGUUAUUCCUUCUAUGAUCUCACAGUAUGCUCUUUUACACUUUUCCAAGUAGUUGUCUUCAAUUUAUUGUGCUAUGUCUGUAUUCAGGACAGGGAUUUGCUUGUUGGCACCAAAAAAGAAAGCCUGGACAUAAAGGUGGCAUUGUCAAACUCUUUCGGAUUUGGAGGACACAAUUCUUCCAUCUUAUUUGCACCUUACAAAUGAAUCCAUGUGAAUAGAGUGCUGCGCAAUAGCUCACGCUUCAAUUGUAUGCCACUGCUCUGCUCUUUAAAGUAAAUGGACUGACCUUGUCGGAUGGCAAGUUCAUUACUCCCUUUAUCUUCUUAGUUUCCUAGAAAUGUAGUAGAAACACAAUAGCUGAAACGUAUCAAGAGAAAUAACUUAAUUUGGGUGUAUAGCAGAAUUGAGUGCUUAGACAUAUGAAUUGCCCAA